UCAUAUUCCUGCCAGCCAAGUUGCUUACGAUUCAAAAUUAUAGAAUUUUUGCAUUAUAUUUCUGAUAAAUCAAGAUGAAUUACCUGAUUCAACGCGGAAAGGUGCGCCAACAGGCGAUAAAUGUUCCAGAAGGUCUGCCGGAACUUCUUUCCGAUAUAACACGCGAGGUCCUAAGAUGUCAGCCGACGAAGGAGUGUCUCUGCCAGUUCAUCAUAGACUACCUUCACUCGGUGAUCGUGACCAGGGAGAAGGCAAUGGUGGCCAAGACCAUUCUAGACAGGGCUCUUCGACAGGUGGACAGUAUAAUAUCGGACCUCUGUGUAUGCGAUCUCACCAAGGAGAAGUCUGAGAUGAUGGCCCAGGUUCUGGAGGACUGUUUCCGUAACUUCCUGGAGAAACGACGCUGUGAGAUGCGACGUGGAAAGCAGACGAUAAACUUUGAGGACGUCGACAUCCUGGAGGAGCUGCUGGUGAAGUGUAAGUUUAGCGACGAGGAGCUGGCCAUGUCACGUCCAGCCAUCGAAUCGGCCUACAAGCGCUUCGUGGAGGCCUAUAUGUCUGCGGAGCGCGGAGCCGAUGGAACCGAGCUGCUUUACCAGUACUUCCGAGACAGAGAGCUAAAGAGGAUUAAUGAGGCAAUGCGCGAAGAGGCGGCCAUCAAAAUUCAGAGUGCUUGGCGUGGAUAUUGGGUCCGUCUCCAGUUCCCACAGGAAGUCUGCGUCUGUGUCUGCGCGUCUGAGAAGAAAGACGACGAGGAGGAGAAGCGCCGGCAACAUGCAGCGAGCAUUAUCCAGAGGUUCUUCCGCAGGGUCAUGCUGCGUGUUGCCACCAAGCCAAUCACAGAUCCUUGUGCGGAACCGACGGAUGGAACAGAACCUACUGCCGUCUCCACCUCUCCUGACACAUCUAAGAGUGGCUAUGGUGAAAUAACUGGCCCAUCAACAGGAGUGCCCACUGCUCCGGCAACUGCUGCUGGUACAGCCCCUGGAACAGCUCCUGGCACGGCUCGCGCAUCCGCCACGGAUUUGGCGGAAGGUCAGGAUGGUGAAGCUCCUCCACCAGAGGAAGGGAAAGUGGCACCUGAGCCUGCCGCUGGCGAGGAAGCUACACAACCACCUGCAGAAGAGGCUGCACCACCAGCCGCUGAAGAGGCUGCACCACCUCCCGCAGAAGAGGCUGCACCACCUCCCGCAGAAGAGACUGCACCACCUCCUGCAGAAGAGGCUGCACCAGCUCCCGCUGAAGAAGCAGCACCACCACCUGCGGAGGAGGCUGCUCCACCCGCUGAGGAAGCUCCCGCCGAAGCAGCUGCCGAGUAGAUGACAAACUAUAUUAGUUUUACCUUAGUAGUUAAAUUUAUUUUGCUUGCAAGUGAAUAAAUUUAAAGGGGUUGGAUGGAAACCUUUUCCGUUUA